AUGGAGAGAAUUAGAGCCCAUUUGGGUUUUGAUAGUUAUUUUGUGGUUGAUACUCGGGGACACAAUGGAUGUUUGGCGUUGAUGUGGAAGGUUGCGAGUGAAGUGAUGAUACAGAAGUUCUCUUUUAAUCAUAUCGAUGCUACUGUUCAUCUUCAGAACUCUCCUCCUAGGCGUUUCACGGGUGUUUAUGGCGAGCCAAAAUGGGAGCUGCGGUUCAAGACUUGGGACCUUCUUCGUUCUCUUAAAAAUGACAGCAAUCUUCCAUGGUGCAUUAUGGGAGACUUGAAUAAUUUGGGUUCUCAGUUGGAGAAGAGAGGAGGUAGGAAUUACCCUGACCGUCUUAUUGAGGGGUUUAUUGGGGCUUUGAGCGAUUGUAAUUUGAUUGACUUGCCUCUUGUUGGCUAUCCGUAUACGUGGGAGAAAGGAAGAAAUAGUGGGGACUUGAUAGAAGAAAGGCUUGACAAAGCCUUGGUGACCAACGAGUGGCUGGCUUUGUAUUCCCAACCGGUUCUUUACAACCUCGAGUUCUCUAUGUCUGAUCAUUGUCCCAUCUUUUUGGUCUUUAAAGGUUUGUUUCCGACUGCUUCCUUGCACUCUUUUCGUUUCGAAAACGCUUGGCUACGCGAGCCUUUGUGUAAGCAGCUAUUUGAGGGCUGUUGGGAGGGCUCGGAUUUAAAUAGUAUUCAAGGAAAAUUACAAAGUGUUGUGAGGGAUCUAGUUUCAAUUCAACAACAUCAGGAAGGAAAGGCAAAUUUGUCUGAGGUCUUAGCUCAACGAGAAGUUUCUGGAAACAAAGAUCAAAACAGUUUUGGCUUAACUCUGGUGACAAAAAUAGUAAAUAUUUCCACUCUGUUGCGAGCUUUAGGAAAAGAAACAACAGUAUUAGCCAGCUUCAAGACAACAAUGGUAGAUGGCUUAACUGGGAUUCGGGGUUGGAGCAUGUUAUUACUAGUCUCCGGGGCCCGAUGGAAUGACCCCGGCUUUUUACUAGAAGCAUUGGAGUAUUGUCGGCGCGGAUGUGGUCCAAUUUUUCACGACUUUUUUGAUACUGGUAAGUUUCUGGAUUCAAUUAAUGAUACCCACAUUGUUUUAAUCCCAAAGAAGAAAAACACGUCUCAAAUGAGUGAUAUGAGGCCGAUUUCAGUAUGUAAUGUUUUAUACAAAAUUACCUCAAAGGUCAUAACAAAUCGAAUGAAGGGAGUGCUGGAUCAGGCUAUUUCAGAAACUCAAAGUGCAUUUGUAUCAGGAAGAUUGAUUUCAAACAAUGUAAUGGUGGCUUUCGAAGUAAUGCAGUACUUGAAAAGGAAAACUAAUGGUAGAACGGGAUACAUGGCGCUCAAGUUAGACAUGAGCAAAGCCUAUGACCGCAUCGAGUGGAGGUUCUUGGAAUCUGUCCUACGGGUGAUGGGAUUUAGUGAGCGUUGGAUUGGACUAAUUCUCAGUUGUGUGAACUCGGUUUGCUAUUAUGUCAUCAAUAGUUGUCAGAAAAUGGGGCCAAUCAUUCCUACAAGAGGCAUUUGUCAAGGUUGCCCUUUGUCUCCAUACCUUUUUAUUGUGUGUGCUGAAGGUCUAUCCUCCUUGAUUAAAUUAUAA